UAGACCGUCAACGAACCCCAACUACAAUCAACCCGAACAAACCCCUUCGAAUAAUCGAGGGUCGAUUUCCAAACGAAAGCAAAACCGUGGAAAGAAGCAAGAACUACCCAAGUCUCACAUUAGUCCUCCAGCUCGCCGAUCAAAAAAACCUGCCAAAGUGGAUGGUGACAGCACUAUGGAUGAAGGCGAGGACCCAUUAGAUGCCAUCAUGGACACGACCACCGGGGCAGCAUCCCAAAAUAACGAUCCCACCACCGACCCAGCACACGAUGACCAUGAUGAGGACGACGAUGACGACGAUGAUCAGGAUGAUGAUGAAGAUCCCUUCGCCAGCGGGUUGCUCUCACGCCAUCAUCCCGGUCACCUUUCUAGCACACUUCGAGCGCUCACGGGAAUUGUUGGGAACCAGAUGUUGGGGGGAAUGGGCUCCCGGCUUCGGGGCAUCUUGGAAAACCUGCGCCAGAAGGACGAUCCGUCGAUGCAGUUGAUCGCAUUGCAAGAUUUAUCGGAGCUGUUACUUGUCUCCACCGAGGACAACCUUGCCGGGCAUUUUCAAGUGGACGCGUUUGUCAAGGAGCUCAUUACUUUGAUGCAGCCGAGCGAGAUGGGCGAGGAGAAUCCAGAGAUCAUGCUUCUUGCCUGUCGUUGCAUUGCCAACCUCAUGGAAGCAUUGCCUCAAGCCACUGCCACCGUCGCCUACGAAGGAGCCAUCCCCAUCCUUUGUCAGAAAUUAUUGGAGAUCCACUUCAUCGAUCUGGCUGAGCAAGCUUUGAGCACGCUGGAGAAAAUCUCGGUCGAAUUCCCGGCAAUGAUUGUCCGUGAAGGCGGUCUCACCGCCUGCCUCUCCUACUUGGAUUUCUUCGCCACCAGCACCCAACGAACGGCUGUCACCACCGCGGCGAACUGCUGCAGGAACAUCCCACCCGAGGAAUCAUUCCCGGUGAUUCGGGAUGUGAUGCCGAUCCUCCAGAACGUGCUUAACAGCAGCGAUCAACGAGUCCUGGAGCAAGGAUGCAACUGCGUCUCUCGCAUCGUCAAGAGCUAUGCGGAUCAUUAUUCCAAGUUGGAGGAGCUCAUCAGCGACGAGCUUCUGCGGACCGUGCUUCGACUUCUACUUCCCGGCAAUACCAACCUCAUCAGUCCGGGCAUUCACACCGACCUCUUGAAAGUCCUGGCGAUCACGGCCAAGGCUAGUCCCAAGCAUUCGGCAGCGCUGUUCAAGAUGAACGUGGUAGAUACGCUCUAUCAGAUCUUGACCGGCGUCUCUCCACCCGGAGAGGAUGAGAAAGACGUGGCGACCAAGAUCGAUAGCGUUGUCAUUAUGCAAGCCUUAAUCCACCGCCCCCGCGACCAAAUCGUCGAGACUCUCAACGUGAUUUGCGAACUCCUUCCCGAUAUUUGGGGCACCGAUCUAACAUUCCUGAAAUACAUCACUCCUGCAGGGUAUCCCAACGGCAGGUUCUUUGUCCACAACCACGAGUCCAAGUUGAACGCGAACGAGAAGCGGAUGAAGCUUUUGGAGGGAUGCAAGAAGGAUGUUCACCGAUUCGCCGUGAUCCUCUUGCCAACUCUGACAGACGCCUACUCCAGCACGGUCAAUCCACAGGUCCGAGAACGUGUUCUUACCGCUCACCUGAAAAUGCUGUCCAAUCUAGACACCGACAUUUUGCACGACGCCCUUCGUUCCGUCCCGUACGCGUCGUUCCUCGCAUCCAUGCUGACGCAGCUUGACAAUCCUAGCCUGAUCACUUAUGCCCUUCAGGCGGCCGAGCUGCUCUUGAAGCGGUUGGAAUCGGUGUAUCGUUAUCACUUCUACCGAGAGGGCGUGAUGUCCGAAAUCGCCAAACUGGCUAAUCGCCCUUCCACGUCGGCGGAGAAGUCCUCUGGGAGUCAACCGACGCCUAUGGAUAUCGAGCCUGUUCCACAAUCCAGUACGGGGUCUCAAGAACAUUCCGAAAACGAGGAAGCCCAGGGGUUCGGAUACGAUCAUUCCGAGGACGAGGACGACGACGAAGAGGACGAGGAUGAAGGGGACGAUCAUGAUGACAAUGAUACUGAGUCGGACGGAUCGAGUUCUGAAGAGGAUGAUUACUCUCGAGAACAUCAUCCUUCGCAGAGUGAUGACGAGAAAAUCACGGAGCGCGCCAAGAAAUUCCUCGAGAUCCACGAGACAAACCAAUCUAUGUCCGUGAAGGCGAAGGCGUCCAGUAUCCUUGAAGAUCUGGCCAAGCUUGCGCAACAAAUCCGUCAACAAUACCUCGAGCAUGGACAGCAAACGAACGAGAACGUGUUCGAACGCCUUGCAAUAUACUUUGACAUCAAGUCCCCGAAAAGUAUCACGAGCUAUGAGCUUCUUACCUCCGAUAUUGUCCAAGUCCUUUUGGAUGUUAUGUCUCAACCCCAGAGUAUUCCUGGUGUUGACGCCCGUACCGACUUCCUACACUCGUUCAUGAGGUCAUCACCGCAAUUGCGGACCGGAAGCAAAGGCGGCUACGCUUCGACCCCUUUCAGUUCUCUCGUCCAGAAAUUGCAGGACCUACUGAGCCGUGCCGAGCAUUUCGAAGUCUUCACGGUUCCGACAUCGGACAGUAGUAGACAUACCGCAGCCUCGAUGCUGGCCAAACAGCUGCGUCUGCGACUUAUGGCGGAUGAUGAGUCCGGUAUUCCAUCCCAUUUCCGCAAUAUCAUGGUCAACAUACAUGCCAUCGCGACCUUCAAAGGCCUUGACGAUUACCUUCGACCACGCAUUGCCCUUGCCGAACGGCCCAAAGGCACGAAAGGACGAGAAAGCAUGACGAAUGCCCUGGCAGCAUAUGCGGCGGCCAUGUCUGGGCGAGAUCCAUUCGGGGCUGGCAAUACACAUCGACGAGAUCCUUUGCCGCCCGCGGUCCCGACUCCAGGGGAUUUCACGAACCGACAGAUCACAAAACAUCAAAGUAAAUCGAGGUCCAAACACGACGAGCAGAAGAACGCGCAAUCUGGCUCCAGCUCCACGCCCACCACCAAAUCCUCAGGCAUCCGGAGAUCCACCCGCAAGUCCAAUUCCGGGAGUCUCCCCAGCCGACCGGUUGCUCCAGUCAUGCCGGACGAAAAUCUGCAAGACACCCUCGAAUGUGCCGAUGAAGCACCACUGUCCGAAGACGAGGAAAUGGACGAAAACAGCGAAUUGGAUAAUAUUCUCGGGGGUAUCGAAGACGACGACGAUGACGACGACGAAGCAGAUCCCUCCGCUGUCAACAUGGAAGUGGCUCCGACAGGCAAGGUGACUGCUCGCAGAGAAGAUGGUACAAGGAUUGCAACGCCGGUCUCCACAUCUUCGAAGCGAGCACCCUCUGCUCGAGUGCCUUCCACGCAGCGCCUUCUUAGCACCAAUUCUCCUUCCGCAAGUCGACCGAGUUCGUAUCUUUCUGCCGUUCAAGCUAUGGUGAACGACUGGCAUAUCGAAUUCUCCAUCAACGAUCAGCCGAUCACCCAUGGGACCACGAUCUACCGCGCGGUACAUUUUAACCAGGGGCAACCAACCGAAGUCUCUUCGAAGACCAUGUGGCAUGCCACGCAUCAAAUCAAGUUCAAGCGCGUUGCUGGUCCACCGCCCCCGGAGACAACAGCGGCGACACCCCCCCCUGAGUCAUCCACCACCGAUUCCGGAGUUCCCAUGUGCCUUGAAAAGAACCCAGUGGCGUCCACGAUCCUCCGUUUCCUGAACAUUCUCCAUGGGUUGAAUGCCAACAUUGAAGACGUCGUGUCAGAAACCAAAGACCAGGCGAGAAUCACGUCCGAGCCCCUGUCCCAGUUCGUGAACACGAAGCUCACCGCGAAGAUGAAUCGACAACUCGAGGAGCCUCUCAUUGUGGCGAGUGCUUGCUUGCCUAGCUGGAGCACCGACCUUGCUCGAUAUUAUCCGUUCCUUUUGCCAUUCGAAACACGCCACCUGUUCUUGCAAUCCACUUCCUUCGGUUACUCUCGUUCUAUGAACCGAUGGCAAAACGCUCAAGCCAUGUCCGAAUCCCGAAACGAUCGCCAUCGUGAUGAACGGCCAUUCUUGGGCCGCCUUCAACGCCAGAAGGUGCGCAUCUCCCGCCAGAAGAUCCUCGAAUCUGCUCUCAAGGUUAUGGACAUGUACGGGUCGUCUCCUAGUAUUCUUGAGGUCGAAUAUUUCGACGAAGUCGGUACUGGUCUCGGUCCCACUCUAGAAUUCUAUUCCACCAUCUCCAAAGAGUUCGCAAAGAAACGUCUCAAGCUUUGGCGAGAGAAUGAUGCCAACGAAAAGGACGAGUAUGCGUUUGGCAAGCAGGGCCUCUUCCCGGCGCCAAUGAGUGGCGAGCAAUCCGAGUCGGAUAAUGGCAAACGUAUCCUUCAACUUUUCAAGUCUCUCGGCAAGUUCGUUGCGCGUUCCAUGCUCGACUCUCGCAUCAUCGACAUCUCCUUCAACCCCACUUUCUUCCGUAUCGGAGAGGAAGACGUCGCAGUCACUCCCUCGUUAGGGGCCGUUAGUUUGGUGGACAACGAUUUAGCGAACUCUUUGAAGCUGCUCAAGAAAUUCGCCAGUGCGAAGAAACACAUUGAUGAGGAUGGCAAUCUCAACCCCGCGCUGAAGGUCGAGGCUAUUCAGAAUAUUGAGAUUAACGGCGCCCGUGUGGAGGAUCUCGCGCUCGACUUCACACUUCCUGGCUACGACAUUGAGCUCCUCUCCAACGGGCGCGACAUUCCGGUCACCAUCGACAAUGUUGGCAUGUAUCUGGAGAAAGUCAUAGACUUCACUCUCGGAUCUGGAGUCCGUCGUCAAGUGGAGGCAUUCCGCCAGGGAUUCUCUCAGGUGUUUCCCUAUUCCUCCCUUCGGGCAUUUACUCCCGAUGAACUGGUCAUGUUGUUCGGUAGACUUGACGAGGAUUGGUCGCUCGAGACCCUCAUGGAUUCGAUCAAGGCAGAUCACGGGUUCAAUCUCGACAGCAAGAGCGUCCGCAACUUACUCCAGAUCAUGAGCCAGUUCUCCCCGAAUCAACGCCGGAACUUCUUGCAAUUCGUGACUGGUAGCCCGAAGUUGCCGAUCGGAGGUAAGUGAAAGACCGAAUCCAUGUCAUUUUCUCGACGUUCCUUGCUAACCUCACUUGUAGGAUUCAAGAGUCUCACACCAAUGUUCACCGUGGUCUGCAAACCGAGCGAGCCACCUUUCGCCUCCGAUGAUUAUCUCCCGAGCGUCAUGACUUGCGUCAACUACCUCAAACUUCCGGACUACACGACCAUCGAC